AUGUAUACUAUUCGCCUCGUAAUCUUGGCGCUCGCCAGUCGAGCACUCGCGCACGGCGAUCACAGCCAGAAGCCGCUUGUGGACGAGAAUGCCGACUGGAUGACAAGGCACAUGGCUGAGGAACAUCACAUGGAGGGCUGGGAUGCGGCAUCCUUCUUCACCCUGCACGACUACAACAGUGACGGCGUCUGGCAAGGCGACGAGAUCCUCCGCACGUACGGCCUCUUCGACGAGUCCAACCACCACGUCACCGAAGAAAAGCGCUUCGAGAUCCUGCACGACAUCAUGCACCUGCUCGAUACCAAUCAGGACGGUCACGUUGAUCGUCAAGAGUGGAAUGAGUUUACCAAUGCUGGUAAGACGCUGCCGGAUCUUGGCAUGGGACCGGGACACCACGGCGACGACGAGUACGAGUACGAGAUUCAUCAUUGGGAGCAAUACCACGACGAAAACACGAAGCUGGAAGACCUGACCCAUCCGGAAGAUAUCGAGCACUUCAAGAAGCACGAGCAAAUGGAGGACGAGCAGGAGAGGUUAGAGCAACUCGACCACAUGGCCGUUGUUGAGGCCAACAUCCCGCAAAAGUUUAGGCGGUCAUAG